UGAGCUCUACAUGGUCAGAAAAGUACUCAAAGAUGCUUAUGAGCCGAAACAAGAGCCAAGAAAAGAGAAGCAUCUCUCAGCCUCACCACUGCUCAGCAGAGCAGAGUCCCAUAUCCAAGAACCAGCAUAUGACGAAAGGCGCGAAGGGCCACAACCCAAAACCUCACCUGCCUUCGCCACACAAGCCUUUCCUGCCAACGAAAGAAUACCUCCCAUCCAAGCAGACCUUGGAGCUGCACAUGGGAUGACCAUCAAAGACCUCAACAAGCUGUCUAAAAACAUCAGCAGUUUCAACCCAAAAUCUGCAGAGGGCCACGACAUCCAGGCCUACCUGCAAGAUAUCGAGUUUUAUCUGGAAAUGAGACCUCAUGUGACUGACAGAGACAGGUUAUACCUCCUAAGAGCCACAUCAAGUCCUGAGGUACGAAACUUCCUAGAUCGACAGCCCAGUCAAACAAAGUCAAGCUACCAGCUACUUCGUGAGGUCCUUAUUAAAGAGUUUACAGACCCUGAGUCUGAACUUGGACUGUUAACUGCUUUGGAGAUCAAGCAAGGUCGACAAGAGGUUCCACAAGCUUACUACAACCGACUCCGACAAGCCUACUUUGGUGCACACAACGAACCUGACCUUGAAGAGGAUGUGAACUUCAAAAGCCUCUUCCUAAGAAACCUGCACCCUGGAGUCAGCCAUCAUCUAGGCGUCAUGGCCUGUCCACGCUCCAUGACCAUCCAACAGUUGCGUGACCUAACACAGAAGGCCUACAACAAGCAGAAGAUGGCCUCAAAGAAAGGUAACAAAACAUCCACACUCUUGAACUCUGUAACCAAAGACUCAAGCCUUGCACUGGACGACACCCAGUGGCAUCACGACACCAGAGUCUUCCAUCAAGAGCACAGAGAACGUGACCCCCAUGUCCACGACAGCUUUCAGCCCAGCCGCUGGAAAAAUCCAUGGGAACAGCCACGCUUCUCAAGAAACCCAAAAGAUAGGAACAACUGGAAACCUAACCAGACAUCCAAAGGUAAUCGCCUGACUCAUCCAAGAGCAACUCGUGUGAGUAAGCGACAGCAAAACCCACCUCAGCACCACUCAGACAUGCACAGUGCUGAGUAUGCAGAAGAGCAAGACAGCUUAUCCUCAGACGACAUGGAACAAGUCAUGAGACAAAUGAAAGAGUUCCUUCAAGAAAAGCUGAACAUGGAUGACCACAAAGUUGAGUCAUGCUCGCUGUGACCAGCGACAGAACGGAAGGCCGGUGAUCACCUGGUACACCCCAUCAGAGAUGACAAGCACCUGUUCAACAACCACCCAGAACGAGCAAGUCUCUCACGGCCAACUGUUGAUGAAACUCUGAGGUACCAAAGAACAUCACCUCAGUCACCCAUCGCUCAAUAACAAACUGUCAAAUCAACUCCAAGAACCACAUUCCUGUCUGUGCAACAGCACCCACCCAAGCACAGAAGGUCAGAAAGUCUGCCACAACCAGAAGGCAUCACAAGAGAAAUGCAACAUAGGAGACAAAGUUUGCACCCCAGCUUCACACAGCCAUGCCAAACUAGCUCUGACUGUCUGCUAAAGAACUUCCUGCCUUGCUGGACUGACCCCCAUUAGAUCAUGGACACGCCCUCAUCCACGCCAAGGAUGCAGAGAGCCCGUCUUCACUGACAUACAAGAAAAGGGGAGAGACAACACAGACUGAAACAGAUCUGACCACACAUACACUACACCAUUAACACACACACAACAUUACCUACACCCAGAGGUAACCACAUCUACUGAUAACACAUUCAACAAACAUUUUCUUCCCACAAGUAGGAUAUCCAAAUUUUACCGUAACAUAAAGUUACAUAUGCCCACCAUGAAGAAACAUGC